AUGAACGAGAAGAUUGAUGGAUUGCUUGGCCUUGGUCGUGGCCAAGGUUUAUCGUUUCCAUUACAGACUAUGACCCAGAUUGGCAGCGUCUUCUCCCAUUGCUUGGCUGACAAGAAAAAGCUUUCCACAGUAGAUUUCGGCCGAGAUGUUAUCAUCCCAGGAAACACCCUUUUCACUCCGUUGAUCGAUGACGACAGUAACUACCGCGUGGAGCUCGCCGGAAUCAGCGUCGGAGAGAAGCUAGUCUCGGGCAGCUAUGGAGGAGGCAAGGUCAUCGUGGAUUCCGGCACGACGUUCACCACUCUCGUGGAGUCUGUGUAUAAAAGGGUGUGGAAAGCGUUCGAAACUGCUUCCCCUGGUCUGAAACUUGUAAAUGACCCCAUGUCUGAAUAUCUGGAACACUGCUUUACUUUCUUGGGCGACAAGAAAACCCCGGGGAUGGUGCUGCACCUCCCGGGUGCUGGCGUGGCACUCUCCCCUGAGAAUUGCCUUGUUUCCGGUGAGAAACAAGGCACUUGGUGCUUCGCUUUCAAGCGGGUCGAUGACGGUAGCCUGUCCAUCAUAGGGAACACACAGCUACAGGGGAUUCGGGUCGUCUACGAUCUGGCUCGGUCACGGGUCGGGUUUGCCCAAAAUGCUUGUUAA